AUGGCCGCUCCAAGUACAACGGCCGAAGCCUUGCGAGCUGACAUCGAGGAAGCAAAGCGAAAGAUUCAGGAGAAAGGGGCAAAGCUCCUGGAAGCCAAGAGGGAGCUCAGCGAAGCCGUAGAACGGCAAAGACUGCGCCGAGCCCUUGACGCGCAGAGAUCCGUUCUGGCGCAAAGCUCGGUAUCUCUUACGGACUGCAAGUCUCGCCGCUUUCUGGUCGACAGAGAUCUGGAAGGACCGCAUCUGCCAUGCGAUGAGUUCAAUACCAGAUCCAGUUUGACUGGCCAUCCACCGCGGACAAGUCUCACAGAAACUGAGAACUUUGCUGAACGGGUCGCUGAAGGGGAAUAUGUCUGGAAGAUGGAAGGCUUCUCGUGGUUGGAAGGCCUUUUGCAGCAGGAAGAGCGUGACACCUGGGAGUCGCGAGAUUUCUGCGUGGGCAGCCAGGAGUUCAUGUUGGUGUAUAAUCCAUAUGGCGGGGAAGUGCAUGGUUCACAGCACGGGUCUUUGGCUUUGCUGUACAAGAGCAAGAACAAGAUCGCAUUUCGUUAUCGUCUCUUCGUCAAGGCCAAAAGCGGAGAGUUUGUGCAGUGGGGCGAGACAGGCCAUGAGUGCAACAGGUGCAGCGAUGACUGGCGAGCUUAUGGGCCCGAUGUUCACGAGGCAGGCUGUCGCCGUGGCAAGCCGAACGUGGGUAUCUUCGGACUGUCGCACAAGCAGCUGCUAAAAUCCGAGUGGGUGGAGAACGGUGCCUUGACGGUAAAGUGCUCAUUGGAAGUUCGACCCGAGGGGAUUCCAUCUUUCUCGGACACCUGCAAGGCAAAUCCCAGCGUGGAGGUCACCGGACCAUCGCUGAGCCGCGACAUGCGAAUCUUGUGGGAGAAAGGCACAUGCAGCGAUGUACAGUUCAUGAUUCAGGGGGAGGUGAUCAACGCACACUCGCCGGUCUUGUGCGCGAGGUCCGAGGUCUUUGAAGCACAGCUAACCACCGGAAUGAAGGAAUCGGUGUCCAAGGUCAUUGAGAUUACAGAUUGUGACCUGGCAACCUUCAAAGCUUUCCUGCAGUUCAUCUAUACUGAUAACCUCGCCAGUGCUGACGAGCUAUGCUCCAGUACGAAUGAGGACGAUGACAGCACGUCAAAGCUAUCGCGUGUUCAGGCACUGCUGGCCGUCAGCCACAAGUAUCAGGUGGUCCGACUGCAGCUGUGGUGCGAAAUGCAGCUUUGCAAAGAGCUGACUGCUUCUGCGGUGUGCGGCAUCCUGUGCCAAGCACAUCUUCAUCAAGCCAAAGAGCUUGAAAAGGCGUGUCUGAACUACAUCAAGGACAAUAUGGCGGAGGUGGUCAAGAUGCCUUCCUAUGCUGAGACUUUGAGUGCGUGGCCACAAGUCCUGAUGAAAGUUAGCCUCUUCUCCGCGGGCGUACCAGAGGUGGAGGCUGCCGCUGCUGUGGAUGCCUUGACAGGGGGCCAUGUCGCAGGCAAGCGCAAGCGGGAGCCAGAAGAGUGA